GCUCGGCGCCCGCCGGCCCGGGCUCGGCUAGGUGGGUGGGCAGCUCCGCACAACCGGCGCCCGCAAUCGGGGAGCCUGGGCUCCGGGCUCGGCCCCACAGUAGUUGCUGCGGGGCGGCUCCAGGCAGCCGGGUCAUGGCGAGGGGUGCACGGCGGCCACCCGAGUGGCGGCGAGGCGGCGUCAGGCUUAGGACCAAGAACCAACUUUAUGGAGCCCACAUGGGUUUGGCACUUGGUCUGCUCUGAAGUCUCUGCAAUCUAACUGAAGAUUCCAUUGGCAAAUCUGCUGCCUUACAGAGCAAGCAAAGAAGAUGGAUCGCUCCAAGGACCAUCUGCCUGUGUGCUUUCUGCCUUCUGUGUCCUUCUUCAUCCUCGUAUCCGCUCUAGUGACAGCGGCGAGUGUGACUAACAGCACUUUAAAUGGCACUGACAUGGACUUGGGCUCUGCACCGGUCAUCAUUGCCAGAACUGACCAGAUCAUCGUCAAGGAAGGGAACAGUGCCUUGAUCAACUGCAGUGUUUACGGCGUCCCCGAACCCCAGUUCAAGUGGUAUAAUUCCAUGGGCAAGCUGCUGAGAGAAAAGGAGGAAGAGGAAGAGGAAGGAGGAGGAAAAUGGCAGAUGCUCGACAGCGGCCUCCUGAACAUCACCACGGUGUCUUUUUCUGACCGAGGUAAAUACACUUGUGUGGCCUCGAACAUCUAUGGCAGCAUCAACAACACGGUCACUCUGCGCGUCAUCUUCACCUCAGGAGACAUGGGGGUCUACUACAUGGUCGUCUGCCUGGUGGCCUUCACCGUGGUCAUGAUCCUCAACAUCACCCGUCUGUGCAUGAUGAGCAGCCACUUGAAGAAAACAGAGAAGGCCAUCAACGAGUUCUUCAGGACUGAAGGCGCUGAGAAGCUUCAGAAGGCCUUCGAGAUUGCCAAGCGCAUCCCCAUCAUCACCUCAGCCAAAACCCUGGAGCUCGCCAAAGUCACCCAGUUCAAGACCAUGGAGUUUGCUCGCUACAUCGAAGAGCUGGCCCGGAGUGUACCCCUGCCCCCCCUCAUCAUGAACUGCAGGACUAUCAUGGAAGAGAUCAUGGAGGUGGUGGGGCUGGAGGAGCAGGGCCAGAACUUCGUGCGCCACACCCCUGAAGGCCAGGAGCAGGCCGAGAGGGACGAGGUCUACACCAUCCCCAAUUCCCUCAAGCGAAGCGACUCCCCCACCGCUGACUCGGACACCUCAUCCUUGCAUGAACAACCUCAGCAGAUCGCCAUCAAGGUGUCAGUUCACCCUCAGUCCAGGAAAGAUCCGGUGGAUGACCAGGACGGGGUGGUCCUAGAAGACAGGGAUGAAGAAGAGACAGAACCAUCCAAUGAACCAUCCCCAGACACUGCAGAGCCUUCCACAGACGUGACAUCCACGGAGCUGACGCCUGAAGAGCCCACUCCAGUUGAGGGGUCAGACCGAGUCCUGCUGCCAGCACCCUUGGAAAACCCCGCACCAGCAGAGGCCCCAGACAAAAACACCUGCAUUAUUUAUGAAAGCCAUGUCUAGUAUCAACUCCCCCAAAGCUAUGCAUAAAAAGAGAAUCAGGGGCUGCUCCUUGUAGUGCAGACAUAGUACGCACUUGCCGCUAAGCCUUACCAAGAGACUCUCAUCCCUUAGGUAGGAGUGAUGCCAUGUUCACAGGGGAAGCACCUGGGUGCACUUGAGGGGUCUGGGAUUUCCCCGUCAGGAGAGGCUGCAAGAAAACAGCUGGGUGCACAGUUCAUACUACUGGGCAAAAAAGAA